UGUUUAUCAGCAAUCAAGUGCAUGCACAAUAGCACGUUAGUGCUUUCCGUUAUAUAUAACAGCCUCUAAACAUGCACGCGGCCGCGCGUUUCUGAAACAAAACAUUAGCUGUUGUCUAUGUAGCCUAUUAGCUUACAGCAGGCCUUGUUUACAGGAAGCUCCAUUUAUAGCAUUAAAGUCCUGGCGGGAAUAACGUUAGUUAUUUAUCGCCAUUCGUAGCAUAAUGUUAAGAGUGUUAUUGAAUCGUUUCGAUUAAACAACUUAGUGACUCAUUGAACAGAGUUUUUCAGACAUAAGUUACACGAUUUGUAAUGAGCUGAUGGUUAGCAGCAUUUGCAGAUUUAACAGAGGAUUUACUGAUAUGGGGUGAACGAGUGCUGUGCUUUCAUGGGCCAUUGUUAUACGAAGCUAAGUGUGUGAAAAUCAAUAUUAAGGACAAACAAGUGAAAUACUUUAUUCAUUACAGUGGAUGGAAUAAGAAUUGGGACGAAUGGGUUCCUGAAAGCCGUGUGCUCAAAUAUGUGGACAGUAACCUGCAAAAACAGAAAGAGCUUCAGAAGGCAAACCAAGACCAUUAUGUUGAGGGAAGGAUGAGGGGUGUCGCACCGAGCAAGAAAAUCGCUGCUGUGCAGCAAAAAAAUGUAGAUGUAAAAACAAAGAAGAACAAGCAAAAGACACCAGGGUCUGGAGAGGGCACUAGCACUGGGGACAUGCCUCACCCCCCACGCAAGAAGAGGGCACGUGUUGACCCAACUGUGGAGAGUGAGGAGACUUUUAUUAACAGAGUAGAAGUGAAGGUGAAAAUUCCUGAAGAGUUAAAACCGUGGCUGGUAGAUGACUGGGAUCUGAUCACUAGACAGAAGCAGCUUUUUCACUUGCCUGCAAAAAAAAAUGUGGAUGCUGUCCUGGAGGACUAUGCAAAUUACAAGAAAUCAAGAGGAAACUGUGAUAACAAGGAAUAUGCCGUGAACGAGGUGGUUGCUGGAAUCCGUGAGUACUUCAACGUGAUGUUGGGCACUCAGCUCCUCUACAAGUUUGAGAGGCCGCAGUAUGCAGAGAUCCUAGCAAACCAUCCAGAUACGUCCAUGUCUCAGAUCUAUGGGGCGCCGCACCUGCUGAGGCUUUUUGUGCGAAUUGGAGCAAUGCUGGCUUACACACCUCUGGAUGAGAAGAGUCUAGCCCUGCUUCUCAGCUACCUGCAAGAUUUUUUAAAGUAUUUGGUGAAGAAUUCGUCAUGUCUGUUCUGUGCAAGUGACUAUGAGGUUGCACCUCCGGAAUAUCAUCGCAAAGCUGUCUGAGGACAAAGCCUGUGAGGAUGUUUGGUGCUACAUUCUGAUCCUCAUUUUAUUUUUAUUAUUUAAAAUCCAUUCAUCAGUCUUGUGGAAGAUUUUAGUGCUCACAACAUCAGUCGAUAUUGGUUCAGUAAUCUAAGGAUAAUGUCUGGUAUUCCAGAUAAGGAAUUACAUUAAAUCUCUUCGGAAAGCUGCUGGUUUUUGCUCCCAUUUUAUUGAUCUGUAUUUUUGGUUUAUGUAAUAUUGAUAAAC